AUGGAACGCGAACAUGUGAGCAUUUUGAUGUGUCGAAAGUUGUGCGGCUGUAAAUCGACUCGAAUCGAUGAUGAGGCGGAAAAAGUUGGCAACGAGCCAAGUUCCUCAUAUCCUUCUGCGGAAACCUCAUCCGUCAGUCAUUCACCCACGAAAGACUCCUCGACUCCGAUUUGUGUCAUCAUCGCCUCACCGCGAAUUCUUUCUCGUGGCAUUCUCGGUGUUCUCAUUUCGAAUCUUGAAGAGAAAUCCCUGCGUACACUCGAUCUUUCACUCGUUUUCCCAUCAUCCGAACAGUUGAAGACACUAAACGGUCGAAAGUUCGGCCCGUCAACGUUUCCAGUCUCGGUCUCAGCCUGGACGGGGAUUCAAGUUUACGAUCGAGUUCGACAAGCCACAAAUGAUUUCAUUCAGCGUUUCGCUUUAGAGAAAGCCGACAUCUACUCAAGUGAUAACAAAAGCCGUGGAAAACGUGACUACUUUCAGACGUGGUUCCCCUCAAAUCCCACAAUCACCACUCAACCCGUUGCCGGAUUGGCAUCGAUCGUGGAGAUAAAAGUGCCGAUUUCGAAUAAUGACGAGGGUCUCUUGAUCAAAACGAACUCGAUGGACAAAGAAAUGGAUGAUGAUCGAAAAAUAGUAGAGGAGACCGGUAAAGAGGAUGAGCUUGUCGAGGAUCUUGGCGAGGCCUAUCCAGAGAAUGGAUUAAAACGCAUCGAA